UUGAGUUCCCUCUUUUUCCUUGUAUUUUAUUUCUUUUUAUUGUACAUAGUAUUAAUUCUGUAAAUAUUUCUUUCUGUAAAUAGAUCUGUUAACCUUUUUGCUGCUUUAUAAAAAUUAUCCAACCUAACCCUUCUCACCUGAGCUAGCAUGGUAGAGUAAAUAUGUAAUGAUGGCCAUUAAAGGGUAAGUACUUUCUGUUUUCUAAUUUAUCUCUUUAGAGAUGAAAGGCUGUUAAGCCAGGCGCCCAACAAAUAAAAAUUCCUAUGGAAAAUUAUAUUUAUUAAAAAUUAUUUUAUUAUCUUUUCAUUUAUCCUUUUUUUGGUCAUAAUAUACACUUAUUUACAAAAUAUUUUUUUUUUUUUACUGUUGAAUGGAAUCAUUACUAAGUUUUGGAACAAGAUAUAUUUAUUUUGAACAUGUCCCGUUUAAAAUAUAAAGUUUUAAGUUCUAAAUACGAAAUAAAGAAACUAAACACGAACGUACAGGAAAUUAUUGAGUUCUCAAAAUUACAUGUUGCAAUUUAGAGACGGUUAUUAUUCAAUUGAGAUGAUUGGUGGACAAUCAAAACAAUCAAAAUGAAUUUCCCAAAGAUUGAUAAGAAGAAAUAAUAGUCACAUGAUUAGAUAAGAAUGAAGUGUCGAAAUUAUUAAAGGAGCCUAGAACCUCGCAAACCUCAGCAUCAUGGCCAUGAGGCACCUGGUACUUCUUUUCGGUUUAGUUUCCUUCAGCGGCGCCGAAACCUUGGUCGUCCAGACCUCGGGAGGCCUCGUCAGAGGGUUCGCUUCAACCUCUAGAGAUGGGAAGACGUUCUUGGCUUUCACGGGGAUACCGUUCGCGAAGCCACCUGUGGGAGCGCUCAGAUUUCAGCCACCGCAAGAACCGGACCCGUGGGUCGGUGAAAGGAAUUCCACAGCCGUACGGCCAACGUGUCUUCAGUUGGACAGCUUCUCGAGGAACCCAAAGGUAGUGGGAGUCGAAGACUGCUUGUACCUUUCAGUAUUUACACACAAAAUCAAUGGAUCCAGGCCAGUAAUGGUCCACAUCCAUGGCGGAGGUUUCGUUGCUGGAGCAGGUCUUAACGUGGAUCAGAUGAAGUUCCUGAUGGAUCAAGACAUCGUCAUUGUGGAUAUCCAGUACAGAGUUGGUAUAUUGGGAUUCCUGAGCUUUCAAGACGCAGAACUGCCUGGAAAUAUGGGCCUGAAAGAUCAAACCAUGGCCCUGAGAUGGGUGAAGAAGAACAUUGCCAAAUUUGGAGGCGAUCCUGGAAAAGUGACUAUUUUUGGAGAGAGCGCUGGAGGCGCAAGCGUUUACUAUCACACCAUUUCUCCUCUAAGCAAAGGCCUGUUCCACAGAGCUAUUUCCGAGAGCGGAUCUAGCUACGAUCCUUGGACCCUGGUUCCAUCCGAACUGGCCGUAUCCCAUGGCAACAGGUUGGCGGAAAUGAUGUCAUGUCCGACCACAUCUACCAAGGAAGCAGUGGAAUGCCUUAGGAAACAAAAUGGAGAGGAACUGGUCUCGAAGUUAAUUAAUUUCAGGGUCUGGCAGGUCAACCCGCUCCUCUCUUUCCAAGUAGUGAUGGAACCUCCGAGUGCCGGUGCCUUCCUCACGGGGCCGAAAAGCAGCUGGGAACACGGCGAUGUCCCUCUCCUUCUUGGGAUGACCGCUGGCGAAGGAGAUCUGAUGACUAAGUUUUUCAUUGAUUACAAAAUGGACUUCAAAUGGUUCGAUGACAACUUCAAAUCAGUCGCACCUAUAUCGAUGCUCUACAACGCUUCAACAUCAAAUCCCGACAAAGUUACAGAAAAAAUCAGGAAGUUCUACUUCAAUGACAAUCCGAUUGACAUGAAUGAAUGGGUCAAUCUUACAAAUGCUUACACUGACAGCCUGUUCGGUGUUGGUAUAAUGGAAGGCGCUGAUAAACAUAAAGGAAAUGUCUACUUCUACUAUUUCUCUUACAUGGGGAACUUUACAACAUGGACAACAAACAAAACACUAGCAUUCGCUACAGGACACGCAGGAGAAGUAGUCUACUUGUGGUGGGCAGGCGGCUUAAAAGGAUCAGAUCUUGCUCUGUCAUACGAUUUGAUCAAAAUAUGGACUGAAUUUGCUGAUACUGGGGUGGCAACUGUACCGAACAAGGAGAAGAUCUGGAAGAAAUGGAAGCCAGACAGACACGAUUUCAUGCACAUCAGCAACUCAGGGUUCAAAGGAGAUUCUGGUCUACUCGAAGAUCGCUACAGAUUCUGGAUGGACCUGAAAUUGUAGAACCUAUUAAUAUGUAUAAUAAUCGUCAAAGUUGUAUUUUAACAAAAUAAACGAGAAUUUUAUUUCUA